UAACGCUCAGCUGACGCUCGCCAACACACCUCGAACCUUCUCCCCUCCCAGCCCAUCCUCCGAGUCUACCCGCCUUUUCUUCCUUCAUUUCUCUCCCUGGUGGUUGCAUACGAUUUCCGCCCUUUCCACUUGCCAUGUCCUCCAAGACUUCCGCCGAUGAAGCAUCUCGUAUAACGACCGUCCCUGCCAAUGAUGGCAAGUCUGGUGCCGCCAGGGAGAUCAGCUACACCAACUACAAAGUCAUUGGCAAUGGUUCCUUUGGUGUCGUUUACCAGGCCAAGCUGGUGCCCUCAGGCGAGGAGAUCGCAAUCAAGAAGGUCCUUCAGGAUAAGCGCUUCAAGAAUCGCGAACUUCAAAUCAUGCGUCUUGUUUCUCACCCCAACGUUGUCGACCUCGAAGCUUUCUUCUACCUCAACGGCGAAAAGCCGGCCCAGAAGGACGAGGUGUACCUCAAUCUCGUCCUCGAGUAUGUUCCUGAAACGGUCUACCGCGCCAGCCGCCACUACGCCAAGCUCAAGCAGCCCAUGCCCAUGUUGCAAAUCAAGCUUUACAUGUACCAACUUCUCCGUUCGCUAGCCUACAUUCAUUCUGUAGGCAUCUGUCAUCGUGACAUCAAGCCCCAGAACUUGUUGCUCAACCCGGCGUCGGGCAUCCUUAAGCUUUGCGAUUUCGGCUCCGCUAAGAUCCUCGUGGAGGGCGAACCCAACGUCUCAUAUAUCUGUUCACGCUACUAUCGUGCUCCUGAACUGAUUUUUGACAUCUGGUCAACCGGGUGUGUCAUGGCUGAACUAAUGCUCGGCGUCCCACUGUUUCCGGGUGAAAGCGGCAUAGAUCAGCUGGUGGAAAUCAUCAAAAUCUUGGGCACGCCGUCAAGAGACCAGAUUAAGACCAUGAAUCCGAACUAUAUGGAGCAUAAGUUCCCGCAGAUCCGUGCCCAUCCCUUCAACAAGGUUUUCCGACCCCGCACGGCCCCUGAGGCCAUUGACCUAGUCUCAAAGUUGCUCGAGUACACUCCCAGUUCGCGCUUGAGUGCCAUCGAGGCCAUGGCCCACCCUUUCUUCGACGAGUUGCGUGUGGAGGGCACCCGUAUGCCUAACGGUCGAUCGCUACCCCGGCUGUUCGACUUUACUCGGGAGGAACUUUCUGUGCGUCCGGAUCUGAACCGCAAGCUGGUGCCGGUCCAUUGCGAACCGGAGCUCGGAUCUCGAGGGAUCGUGUUGGACGGAUUUGUGCCCAUACCUCUGGAGGAAAUGAGGAUCACGCUUGACUGAAUAACGGAAUCUUGUGUGGAGCAACUGUGCCGACCCGGGUGCUUCAUGACGUGAUUUUAAACACAACUUUUGUAGUCUGAAUGCAUAGCAACCUGUUUCAUCCUG